AUACUGCUUUGUUUGACCUGUACUUUUACCAGUGUGCCUCACAGCAACUGCUCAAUUAGGAAAAGAGAGCCAGUUGCCUAAAUCCAGUUCAUUCUGUAGUUGUUGGAGGUGCAGUUGGGCUUGGCUGUUGGAGGUCAUGCUGUUUCUCCUGAGGAGGGCCUUUCGCGAUGCAGAGGUGGCCAGUUUGUGCUGUGUUGAGACACUCUUGGGAACUUUUGCUUUGCCUGAAUGCAAACCAGAAUCUGCUUGGCAGGGUUCUGUCUCGGAGCUUGCAGGAUUUGUAUGUAAACCUUGGGGCUCUCCUGAAUUUUGGGUUUCAGAAGGAGAAAGGGGAACAGCAAUAAAGUAGCAAAUCAGGAAAAAAAAAAGUUGUUCAAUUUAAACUGAGAUUAACAGCUGUAGAACCUGUGAAAGACAGCUGGUUCUGGCUAAGGCAGAUAUUGGACAUCAUAAACUUAAUUGUGUGGAAAAUCUACUUAGUGCUCUUUAGGGGAACAUAAGCACAUGAUUGUGCUUUUAAAGGGUCGAUGUAUUUAAGCUUACAGGAACUGAAACUUCAGUGAGUCUAGAAAAAUAGAUGGAAGCUUUAGAUAACACAAUUAUAACAACAUUAUUAUUGCUGCACUGCUUGUCACUACCAUCCGAAAUGAAAACAAAUGAGCUCUGUUCAUUCUCCCUCUCUUUCUGAGCUACAGUGUCAGCGUUGGCAUUGAAUUGCACUCCCAGCUGUAACUGCAGCGUGUUUGUCAGGAUUAUUAAUUUAGUGUGAGGUCCUGGGAAAAAAUACAAAUAAAAAUGAGUAGACAAGAGGAAAAAGAGAAUAAGAGGAAAGAUGAAGAGCUAUAAAGGUAUUUGAGACCUUGAGUGUAGGAAUUGGUAACAGUGCCUUCACUUAUGUAUAAACAUUUAAGUUAAUGGGGUGGAAGUAGGUAGAGGAGAGAGAAGUCCCACAGCUGGGGAAGCCUCUCUUUGGAUAUGACUAUGGAUGCAGUAUAUGGAUUAAUGGAGGAGGAAAACCUUUGCAGAAAGCGAAAGAAAAAGCUCUGGAGGUGUCUGCCAAAAGUUAAGGUCUCUUCCUUCACCCCUCCUGCAGCUCUGUGCGCCUGCCUCUGCCAUAUGGCUUCAGCCUGUGCCAACGGCGCUGGCUCAGGUUGACCGUGAGAAGAUCUACCAGUGGAUCAAUGAGCUUUCCAGCCCUGAGACGCGGGAGAAUGCACUGCUGGAGCUGAGCAAGAAGCGUGAGUCUGUGCCUGACCUUGCCCCGAUGCUGUGGCACUCCUUUGGCACCAUCGCAGCGCUCCUUCAGGAAAUUGUAAAUAUUUAUCCAUCAAUCAACCCUCCGACUCUGACAGCUCAUCAGUCCAACAGAGUCUGCAAUGCUUUAGCUCUGCUGCAGUGUGUUGCAUCACAUCCUGAAACAAGGUCAGCUUUUCUGGCAGCUCAUAUCCCUCUGUUCCUGUACCCCUUUCUACACACAGUGAGCAAGACACGUCCAUUUGAGUACCUGCGGCUCACAAGCCUUGGAGUGAUUGGGGCCUUGGUGAAAACUGAUGAACAAGAAGUGAUAAAUUUCUUAUUGACAACAGAAAUUAUCCCCCUGUGCUUACGCAUUAUGGAAUCUGGCAGUGAACUCUCCAAAACGGUUGCUACGUUUAUUCUUCAGAAAAUCCUGCUGGAUGACACAGGGCUGGCAUAUAUCUGUCAGACUUAUGAGCGGUUUUCCCAUGUUGCCAUGAUACUGGGUAAAAUGGUCCUGCAGCUGUCCAAGGAGCCAUCAGCACGGCUACUGAAACAUGUUGUCCGCUGUUACCUUCGCCUUUCUGAUAACCCCAGGGCACGUGAAGCUCUCAGGCAGUGCCUUCCUGACCAACUGAAGGACACCACCUUUGCCCAGGUCCUGAAGGAUGACACCACCACCAAACGCUGGCUGGCUCAGCUCGUCAAGAACCUGCAGGAGGGUCAAGUCACUGACCCGCGGGGCAUCCCGCUUCCUCCGCAAUGACUGCUGGGGGAGGUGGGGGACCAAGGAAGAAACAGCUCAGGUUUACCAAGAACCAGGCACAGGUGACCUCUUCUGCAACAAAGCAGGCAUGCCAGCCAGCUGCUGGCCUGUCAGAUCACCCCACCCAGCCAAAGGGCUGCUCUGUAGUGGCGCAGCACGCUUCCGGGGAUCACAACACCAGCAAACGCUGAUGCUACAGCUUCAGAAACCAAGAAACAAAUCAAUUCCAACCCAUCUGUAAGGAUCCCCGCCUCCCUUGGAGGCUUGGCUGGCAUCUCUCCCCCCACUGCCAGGCAGGGGGUAGCGCAGAUGGCUACUUCCAGCUCGCUCAGUCUCCACCCAAGUGGUGUGUGUGACAUAGGGGUCCGCGCCACGUCCCUCCAGGUCUUGUCACUUCUUGUUUACACAUCUGUUUAGAUGAGUGAGCUGAAUAAAAGCCGAUCCAGUUGUCCUA